GCUGCGUAGAUGACAGGAGAUUCUUCUCAUGCUUGAAGCCCAGCCGCUAUAUCAACCUCGUUGACGUCUUUGUUCUCUUAUUUCACCAGAAAUCAAGACACACACAACCCACAAGCAUACCACUCACUACUCUACGCUUCACGACUCACGACUAUAUACCACACUACCAACUUUAAUCACCAAGACCUAAUCCCAAGUUACACAACAAAAUGGCCGCCGCAGGAAUGUCCUUCACCGACAAGGCUUCAUCAGCUCUUGCCGAUGCUCAAGAUCUCGCACAACAAUACAACCACACACAACUGCAACCCAUCCACUUGGCCAUCGCACUGCUGGAUCCUCCGCCAGACCUCAGCAAGGACCAGCAGAACCCAAGUGGCCAUGCAUCGCACGGCGCAUCAUCAGCACCACUCUUCAAGCAAGUCGUCGAACGCGCUCAUGGAGACUCGGUAGCACUCACUCGCGCCCUCAACAAGGCUCUGGUCCGUCUUCCCAGCCAGGACCCGCCGCCGGAGCACCUCUCUAUGGGCCCCGCCUUCUCAAAGAUGCUGCGCGCUGCAGACCAACUGUCAAAGACACAAAAGGACAGCUUCAUCGCCAUUGAUCACUUCAUCUCCUGUCUUGUUCAAGACUCGACCAUCGCCAAAGCCCUUGCCGAGGCCAAUGUCCCCAACACCAAGCUCAUCGACAAUGCAAUCACUCAGAUCAGAGGAAACAAGCGUGUCGACACAAAGAGUGCUGAUGCUGAGGAGGAGAGCGAAAAUCUCAAGAAGUUCACCAUCGACAUGACAGCCAUGGCACGAGAGGGCAAGAUGGACCCUGUCAUUGGCAGAGAGGAAGAGAUUAGAAGAGUCAUCCGCAUCCUGUCACGCCGUACAAAGAACAAUCCCGUCCUGAUCGGUGAGCCCGGUGUCGGUAAGACUACUGUCGUUGAAGGUCUUGCCCAACGCAUCGUCAAUGCAGACGUGCCUGCCAACUUGGCCGCCUGCAGACUUCUGUCUCUGGACGUCGGUGCUCUCGUCGCUGGUAGCAAGUACCGCGGUGAGUUCGAAGAGCGCAUGAAGGGUGUCCUCAAGGAGAUUGAGGACGCCAAGGAGAUGAUUGUCCUCUUCGUCGACGAGAUCCAUUUGCUCAUGGGUGCUGGCUCUUCAGGAGAGGGCGGUAUGGAUGCCGCCAACUUGCUCAAGCCUAUGCUUGCCCGUGGUCAACUUCAUUGUAUCGGUGCCACCACUCUCACUGAGUACCGCAAAUACAUUGAAAAGGACCAAGCCUUCGAACGUCGUUUCCAGCAAGUUUUGGUCAAGGAGCCUUCGGUUCCCGAGACUGUUUCCAUUCUCCGUGGUCUCAAGGAGAAGUACGAAGUUCACCAUGGUGUCACUAUCCUUGACGGUGCCAUCGUCUCUGCUGCCACUUUGGCUGCUCGCUACCUCACUCAGCGCCGCCUUCCUGACUCGGCUGUCGAUCUCAUUGAUGAAGCCGCUGCUGCUGUUCGUGUCACUCGCGAGUCUCAGCCCGAGGCGCUUGACAACAUGGAGCGCAAGCUUCGCCAACUCGAAAUCGAAAUCCACGCCCUCAACCGCGAGAAGGAUGAAGCUUCUCAAGCACGACUCGCUCAAGCAAAGGCCGAGGCUGCUAAUGUUGAAGAAGACCUCAAGCCUCUGCGUGAAAAGUAUGAGAGCGAGAAGCUCCGUGGCAAGGAGAUUCAGGAAGCCAAGCUUAAGCGUGAUCAACUCAUCACAAAGCAACAAGAGGCCGAACGUAUGCGCGACUUGCAGACUGCUUCCGACCUCAAGUAUUACGCUAUUCCUGAUCUCGAGGAUCGCAUCAAGCAGCUCGAGAAGGACAAGGCUGCCUCUGAUCUAGACCAGCUCCGCCAAGCCAAGGAGUCUGGUGAGGCUCCUCUCCUGACCGAUGCUGUCGGUCCCGAUCAAAUCAACGAAAUUGUCGCUCGCUGGACUGGUAUCCCAGUCACCCGCCUGAAGACCACCGAGAAGGACAAGCUCCUGCAGAUGGAACGUCAUCUUAGCGAGCUUGUCGUCGGCCAGAGAGAGGCUGUCACUUCGGUUGCUAACGCCAUCCGUCUGCAGCGCUCUGGACUUGCCAACCCCAACCAGCCACCUUCGUUCCUCUUCUGUGGUCCUUCAGGUACCGGUAAGACUCUGCUUACCAAAGCACUUGCCGAGUUCCUCUUCGACGAUCCUCGCGCCAUGAUCCGCUUCGACAUGUCCGAGUACCAGGAGAGACACUCAUUGUCGCGUAUGAUCGGCGCACCACCCGGAUACGUGGGUCAUGAUGCUGGUGGUCAACUUACUGAAGCCCUCCGCCGUCGCCCCUUCUCCAUUCUCCUCUUCGAUGAAGUGGAAAAGGCAGCCAAGGAAGUCCUCACCGUGAUGCUGCAACUCAUGGAUGACGGCCGCAUCACCGACGGCCAAGGUCGUGUCGUCGACGCACGCAACUGCAUUGUCGUCAUGACAUCUAACCUUGGUGCCGAAUACCUGGCCCGCCCCAACGCACCCGACGGCAAAAUCGACCCCACCACCAAGGAAAUGGUCAUGGGCUCUCUCCGCAACUACUUCCUCCCCGAAUUCCUGAACAGAAUUUCCAGCAUCGUCAUCUUCAACCGUCUCUCCAAGAAGGAAAUUCGCAGUAUUGUCGACGUCCGCUUGGAGGAAAUCCAACAGCGUCUUUCCGCAAACGGCAGAAACGUGCGCAUCCAACUUUCUGCAGAUGUCAAGGAUUACCUCGGAUCAGCAGGAUAUUCGCCAGCUUAUGGUGCUCGUCCUCUGGCUCGCCUGAUCGAAAAGGAAGUAUUGAACAGACUUGCCGUGUUGAUCCUCAGAGGCAGUAUUCGCGAUGGCGAGACCGCUAGAGUCGUGCUCGAAGAUGGACAUAUCAUGGUUCUCCCCAAUCACACUGAUUCCGACGGUGAAGAUUCAGAGAUGUGGGAUGAGGAGGAUGCAGUUGCCGAGUUGAAUGGAGAUGAGGGAGAUAUGGAACUUUACGAUUGAAGGAAAUGACGCAUGAAGGCAAAAGUUUUAAAGAUGAUGAAGAAUGAGAGAUGAAGAAGCGGGAGUUCUUUUCUUUUCUUUUCUUUUACUACAUGUGUUUUGGUUUUGGUUUUCUUUUCUCUUUUGUUUUGCUGAGCAUGGCGUUGAAUUGUGGUUACAGAAAAGGAGGUUUUCUUCACUAUUAGCUAUGACAAUUAAAUCACUUUAUACAUA